AUGGCGGCCAUUGUCCAGUCCAUGACUCCGUCGUUGGCGGUCAUUGUCCAGUCCAUCUCUGCGUCGUUGACCACCGUGCAGUCAGUCGCCCAGCAGUCCAUCUCUGCAGGGAGUGCUGCUGUACAAAGAACCUUAGCUGACGUCAGCGCGGGAUUAUUAGCCGGCCAGGCUCCUGAAAUUACCCCGGACGGUUCUGGAGGUACUUACAUGCUUCGCGAUGCGACCGGCGAAUCGCACAUUGCGGUUUUUAAGCCGAUGGAUGAGGAGCCGUUGGCUUGGAAUUGCCCUCGAGGUAUGCCGCCGAGUUUAACGGGCAAAGGACUGAAGCGUGGAACUCGCGUUGGCGAAGGCGCGUUUCGCGAAGUCGCAGCGUAUCUUCUGGACCACCCACUUCGCGAAGGCGAUGCGGAGGGUUUCGCAGGAGUGCCUCGAACCUCGUUGGUUACUUGCGACGUCAAAUAUUUCGCGUCUUCAUUGGGUUCUCCAGUUUCAAUCUUAGGCGGCCUGUCUUCUGCUGAGCUCGGUAUAAGGAAGAUUGGUUCGUUGCAGCAGUUUGUCCCCGCUAUGAGCAAUUGCGAAGAUAUGGGCCCGGCUCGGUUCGCUGCUUCGGAGGUUCACAAAAUCGCGGUUUUGGAUAUGCGGUUGGCGAACGCGGAUAGGAACGGCGCCAACAUCUUGGUGAAGCGUGACGGCACAGAUCUGAAGCUGAUUCCGAUCGAUCACGGAUACUGCCUUCCGGAAACGUUGGAAGACUGUACAUUUGAAUGGUUGUACUGGCCUCAAGCGAAGCAACCUCUAAGCGAGGAAGUCAGGGAAUACAUCGCAAAACUUGACGCCGAAGCUGAUUUGUCGCUGCUGCAUGCAAAUGGCUGGGCCAUCCUACUCAUCAUCAGACAUGGCCCAAGGGUGUUCAUCGUGGUCACUUCCCUCCUCUGGCUCUGGUGCCUUCUGCUUCCCCUUCCGAUCCACAAGUAUCGGGGGCGCAACUGA